AGUUUCUUCCUUUCUUCCUUGCAGACCGACGCCUACAUUUUAUAUAAUUCCACGAGCAUCCAUUGUUUGAUAAAUUAACAUCAUUCUCUAAGCAUGGCGUCAGUGUUGUCACAGCUGAUGGGUCAGUGGAUGGAUGUUCAGGGACUCCUGAUAUUUCUGUGUGUGCUGCUGUUGGUGAAACACCUGCGAGAUGUUCAGUCAAAGAACAUGCCGCCAGGACCCUUCCCUCUGCCCUUGCUUGGAAACGCAAUGAAUAUAGGCUUUAGGGAUCCACUGGGCUCCUUUCAGAGGAUUGCUGAGCGGUAUGGAGAUGUGAGCACACUUUAUCUGGGAAACAAACCCUGCAUAAUGCUCAGUGGAUAUGAGACUUUCAAAGAGGCAUUUGUGGAACAGGCGGACAUCUUCACAGACCGGCCAUACUUCCCUAUAGUUGACAAGCUCAGUAAAGGGAAAGGUCUAGUUAUGUCAAGUGGGCACAUGUGGCGUCAACAGAGGCGUUUUGCUCUGGCAACACUGAAAUACUUUGGUGUGGGGAAGAAAACUCUAGAAAACUCCAUCCUGCAGGAGUGUCGCUGUCUCUGUGACUCUGUACAGACUGAACAAGGUUUGCCCUUUGACCCUCAGCGUCUUUUGACCAAUGCCGUGGCUAAUAUAAUCAGCGGGUUGGUGUUUGGUCACAGGUUUGAGUAUGAUGAUCAUCAGUUUCAUCUGAUGCAGAAGUAUGUGGAUGACUUCUUACAGCUUCCCCUCUCGAACUGGGGUCGGUUAUAUAAUCAGUUUCCCACCCUCAUGUCGUUGCUGCCAGGAAAACACCAGACGGCAUUCGCCAGCAUGUCUAAACUUCAGCCCUUUCUGCAGGAGGAAUUCAGAAAACACAAGGAGGAGAGAGACCCAUCCAACCCCAGAGACUACAUUGACUGUUAUCUGGAUGAAAUUGAGAAGGUAGUGUCGUCACCAGUCCCUGAUGGGACCCGCAGAGCCAGCACUCCAUAUGAAUUUAAUCCUGCACACUUUCUGGACGAAAAUGGCAUGUUUUUGAAAAAAGACACUUUCAUCCCUUUUUCAAUAGGUAAGAGGAUGUGUCCAGGUGAGCAGCUCGCUCGUAUGGAGCUCUUCCUCUUCUUCACGUCUCUGAUGCAGCGUUUUACCUUCCUGCCUCUGGAGGGACAAACGCUGAGUCUGAAAGGAUCUAUAAGCGUCUCGUCUGGUCCUGAACCCUUCCAGAUAUGUGCAGUGCCUCUAUAGUGAAGAUUAGAAUCAUUCAAAAAUCAGCUUCCUUAGAGCAGUUCUGUUCCUGAAUCAUGUUCAAGCACCAGUGUUUAUUACAUAGGUUCUGGGCGUCAAAAUGCAGAGACAACAAACUUGAUACGAUAGUUCAGUACUCAGACCUGCCCGACUCUACCGUUCAAAAGUUUGGGGUUAGUAUGAAUUUUAAAAUGUUUUGAUCAAAUACAGUAAAAACAGAAAUAUUGUGAACAAUUAUUACAAUUUAAAAUAACUGAUUUGUAUUUAAAUAUUUAAAAAGUAAUUUAUUCCUGUGAUCAAAGCUGAUUUUGCAGCAUCAUUCCUCCAGUCUUCAGUGUCACAUGGUCCUUCAGAAAUCAUUCUAAUAUGAUGAUUUGCUGCUCAAGAAACAUUUACUAUUAUUAUCAAUGAUGAAAACAGUUGUGCUGCUUCAU